GUUUAGAGGGGAGGCCUGGACCAACUCCAGAAAUUAAAGAAAAAAAGGAAAGAAAAGGAAAAGGCAAAAAUCGAUCGGUAAAUAAAUGUUCGGGUGCUUAAUGGAAGCAGCGACGGCGAAGCGAGCGAGCGGGGGGUUUAGUGAGCGGAUCCGGCGCACAAAGUGCAUUUCUGCGGGGCUUUAAAGUUUUGCGGAUGUUGAAUAUGCUAAAGGAAUACCGACCAUCCCAAGAGAAGUUAUAUGACAAAGUUGGAUCUCUGGUAUUCUAAGUUUCAUUGACUACCGUAUAUGUCAGAGCACCGACAUCCUAAAACCCGCGCUUACAUAUAAAACGAUGUUCAAUGGAAAGGAGCAGCUGAACAGCCACUUGCAGACCCAUGACUCCAACAAGCAAGACCUGCAGUGUGAAGAGUGUGGCAAACACUACAACACUCGGCUGGGUCUGAGACGCCACGUGGCUACCCACGCCACCUCUGUGACCGGAGAUCUUACCUGCAAGGUGUGCCGUCAGGUUUUCGAAAGCAUGUCGACUCUCCUCGAGCACCUGAGCACCCAUACCGGCCGCCCUCCACCGGGCGGAGCCGUGCGGGAACGGAAGCACCAGUGUGAACGCUGCGGUCAGCGCUUUUUCACUCGGAAGGACGUGAGGCGUCACGCCGUGGUGCACACAGGCAGAAGGGAUUUCCUGUGCCCUCGCUGUGCCCAGCGUUUCGGCCGACGUGAUCACCUCACCCGUCACCUGAAGAAGAGUCAUGCCCAGGAGCUGGACGUCCUGACGUCUGCACCCACCAAUGUGGUGAAGGAAGAACCAAGUCUGACCAUGUGCAGCUCGGGAUCCCCUAAGGAUGCCUCGGAAGCCUUUUCGAUGGGUAUGUUCAAUCCUCAAGGUCUGCAGAAUGCCUCUACCUCAGGGGUCGGUCACCAUCAUUCUGUGGUGCCUGGGCCCUUAUCCAGCUCCAUGGGUGUGGGCUGCUAUUUUGAGCCAAGCAAGCACCAGCCCCAACAAUACCACGAGGCUCAGCGAUACCAGCCUGCCUCUGCUACCUCAUAUCUGAAAGCUGAGAUGGAGAACUUCCUGAAUGAGCUUCAGUGUGGCCCGAUGCCGCCUCAGGCUACAGUCGCAACCUCUGCUUCCAGACCGAGUGACCUUGUUCCUGAUAGCCUGGGAGGUCAGAACGCCCACUUCACCCUCAGGAACUCCUUCGUCACCACGGAACCUUCUCCUUCCGCUGCUAAUGUGGACCUCUCGCCACUGCUGGGCUUCCUGCCGUUUGGCCUGCCACCAUACAGUGCCCCUUUGAGUUCAGGAGGCCUUGUGAUGGGAUACUCCACCACUACCACAGAUUGCUCGCCGACUCCUACCUCUCAGCUCCCUGGGCCGCUCGCCUCGUUUCAGCCGCAGUCGCUGCACGAGCCGCAGGCCUUGGGGCAUUUAAAUCAGCCUCCUGGUUUCUCUCCUACUCUACCUCGAUUUCAUCAGGCCUUCCAACAGUGAUGUUCCUUCUUAAUCUGAGUGACAAGUAUUCUUGCCAAAUGGCAUACACAUGAAGCAAAGCACUCAGUGAACUUGUUUGAUUGAAGGCUCUUACUUUGCUAAAUAAAUUCUGUAGAAUAAGAUGAUUUGUGAGAAUUUUGGAUUGAAUAGAGAUUGUUUUAGAAUAGUUUUGACUUUAUUGGAUUUUUUUUCCUUAGUAGGUCUUAUGUUUAUUUGAGUGUAGUGAUUUAUGGUGUUAUUUAGAUUCAUUUAGUAUUAAGAAGUCUGCAUUGAACUAAACUGAGGAAAUAAGAUGCUGUGCAAAAGUCAGAGAUCACCAUUUAUUUAACUUCCAAUCAAGAUGCCAGUUCAAUGAAUUCAAAGUCCUGUAAUUAAUUAAAAAAGGCAUGAACACAAAUCUUUAAAAUGAGAGUUCUCAUACAGUAAGUUUCCAACAUAUGAACAAGUUCUGUCCCGAGAGCCUGUUUGUAAGUCCAGUUUGUUUGUAAGUCCAACAAACAUUGUCCAGGUAGUAGAAUAAUAACACAAUUUGCUAUACACUGUAUCAAACUAACUGUUCCUUAAUCUUGUCCUUGUUCUUUAAAAUCGUGCCAAUGCUUGAACGAUUUAUGUUAAAAGAACCAGCAAUGUCUGCCAUCUUUUCACCUCUCUCAAUGCUCUCAUUUAUCUUCACUUUUGUCUCCAUCGUUAUUGCUUGGCGCUUCUUAGCUGUACCAGCUUCAUCGCCUCUGCUUUUAACAUUUUUCAUUGCAUGGUGCACCCACGUGACAAUGUACACCGGACAAAUUUCGGAAAAUUGAACGUUUGUAUGUAGGGUAUUUACGUCCGUUAGUUGUCCUUUAGAUGGAACCUUUAAAAAAGCAGUGUUGAAAAAUCCAAAAGGUUUCAUCAAAGGUAUUAAGAACUUUCGCAAAGACCAUUAUGUUACAUGUACAGUGUAGUUAUACCAUCCGUCUCCUCUUUAUUUCAUGGGGUUUUUCAUGUUCCCAAAAAGAAAAAAGCCUCAAUAUCGCAACCAAAAGUCAUUGCCUUUAUGUUAAGACUUACUUUUCAAAAGUGAGGCUGAAGAGAUGAUUUUAAAAAUGGUCAUUUUUCAGCGUUAUACUGUCUUGCUUCAAGCAACAAUAACUAAAAAUGUGAAUUAUUUAUAUUUAAUUAUGAGUAUUGCUAGAACGGUAGCACGGUGGUGUAGUGGUUAGUACUGUCGCCUUGCACCUCCAGGGUCCGGGUUCGAUUACCGGCCAGGCUCAAUUCCCGUCUCUGUGCGCAUGGAGUUUGCAUGUUCUCCUCGUGCUUGGUGGGUUUCCUCCGGGUACUCCGGUUUCCUCCCACAGUCCAAAGAUAUGCCGUGUUCAAGCUCCCUCUACGUAUCUUAGAGGACUAAAGGGGAUUAUCUCGCAUAAUGAAGUGGAAAGUCAAAGAAUGUUACAUUUCCAAAACUCAAUAUGAUGAGAAAGGAAAUCUCAACAGUGCUAACUAACUGUUGCAGAUAUCACACUGGGGGCGUCUAUGAAAUUAUUUCUGGAUACUCGAGGUGUUGAUAGAGUUUUAAAAAAGCCCGAUCGUUAUUCGUGUAGCGCAAAACGUGGACGUUAUUAUGAUACUGAAAAACUAAUUACGCGCACUUGAUGUCAAUUGUGGCAGGAAAUUAAAUACAGUCGAUCUCUGACUUUUGCGCAGUCCUGUACCUUGUAAUACUCUCUGGAAAAAAAAAAAGAGACUGGAUUAUUACAGUGUUCUCCAUUGUACAAGCACUUUUCUCAGUCAGAAGCACUUCCUUGACUUACGAGUCAGUUCGAACUGUGGUCUAAAUCACAUCCCAACUCGCAGCUUUCACUCAGUACGUAAUCUACCUCUUUUAGUGGACUUCUCCUCAGGCGAGCCGCCUCCCUGUCCCGAAAUUUGCUAGAGAAGCAAAGCGAAUCCUUGUAUAUUGUAUGAUGUAGUGGAUAUAGAGAACAUUUAAAGAAAGGUGGGGAUUUUAGAGUGCAUUUCAGUAGUAUUGAAACUGAGACGAUUAUAGAGUCAGGUGUUAUUGAACGAAAUAGCUUUUAUUCUUGUUGUUUUAGCAUUUAAGGUAAAAUUUCAAAAGGUGCUGUUGCCUUCCGUAGAUUGACCGCGUACGGAAAAACAGCGAAGAGUGAAGACAAUUUAGUUUUGUCUCGUUUCCUGUAACUCUUAAUUUCUCUCUGUUCAUUCCAUAGAACUAAUUGUAAAGGCAAACGAUUUAAAGUAUAAAAUAGCUAAUGACGAUGAUCAGUAUUAAAUAGCUGAACAUAUGAUUGCUGUUUCCUUAGAACUUUAUUCAAUUUUUAGGUCGUCUGCUAUUUUCUAAAGCCCCCCAACAUUUAAAAAAACAAAAAAAACAAUUACUGGUUUAUUUUUAAUCUUAUUUCAUCCAUACGGAAUAUUUUGUCUUAUGUGAUUUCUGUUGUUUUAUCCCUUACGAAUGUUACAUAAAUUAGUGACAGUCCCAUUUUUUGCAAAUGGCACAACUCGGGAGCAGAACGUCAGUCGCCAGAUGGAUUCAAGUUUCUGCAACGGAAGGAAAAAACCAAGCCCGAGUUGAAAUGGACUGAACACCAACGUUACUGUGAUGUGCUUGGACUCAGACGUAACUACCUCAGACAUAUCUGCAACUGUGUUUAUGUGGGUAUCUCACUGGAGUAAGAUGGUUUACAUCUUCAAUAUGUCAGAUCGUGGCACUUGUUGUCUAUCAGUUGGCCUUUUGUUGAGUCUUUUUCAUGUUUUCCGAACAAAGGCCGAAGUCAUUUAAUGUACUUAGUAAUAAAUUCAUGGAUGACAGAGAAAAUAAAGUAUCUUCGAAAGU